GUAGAUUUUAGGUAAAGAGAUUGCUUUUUAUGUUUACAUUUGAGAAAGUCUUCAUCAUUGAGGAUAUCGAGGCAAAUACAGAGACAGAUAAGGAAGUUAAAAACUAAUAGGCAGGGGAGGGGCUUGCUAAAAUGGCUCAAGUAGCUGCUGAUCAACCCCACCAUAGAAAUUGCAACCAGGCUCAAAAUCGAGACUCAGGCCUAACAGAGGAUGGCAAUAUUUUCAGAGAAAGGUACAACAUUGAUGUUCCAUUCAACCUGGAGUGUGUAGGCUGUUGCUUUGCCUUCCUAAGAAGAAGAAACUACCUAGUGGUCCAAGGAGCAACGUAUGAUCGGGUCUGCUAUUCCUCACAAAACUUGGCAGUACCUGGUGCCGUUAUCCGAGCGGAUUUGGUAAAUUCGUUUGUAAGAGCACCUAACAGGAGAGGUAGAAGGGGUCAAAUUGCCACUGGUUAUGACUAUAAUUUGGGAAAUAGGAUAGUCCGCCCUUUUGCAAACUCCCGCACUUACCAGAUUUAUUCAGAUGAAGCUGGGGUCUUGAGUGUAGGAUUCUUAGCAAGAGCACGCAUGGAAAGUGUAGCUAUAGAAGCUGUCAGGCCAGAGGAACUGGUUGAAAUAUACUUUAAUUACGCUGAUGCAGCUUUGGUUGAACUCUACAGAGAACAGCAUGAACAGCAUGGCCUUCCUCCUCUGAGUAGACCUGAGGCAACAGGUUAUCUGCUUCUGCGCAGUUCUAGCCAAAAUAAUAGGACAUAGCCGCAACCUUGAAUAGUUGAAACUCAUUACAAUUUCCAAAAAUACUCUUGAUUUUUUCUUUGAAUUCGUAUUUUUUUUACUUUAAAAGAGACCAUUCAAGUGCUUUUACUCCAUGAUAUUGUAUUACUACAUGUAUAUAAUAUAUUUACUGGGCAAACAUUUAUUAUAAUAGUGUAAUGAUGUUACACCAAAAAUUCGACAUACGGGUACAUGCGUGUGUUUUUGAAAAUUUUAAAACUACAGAAACUGUUUUAGCAUUUUAAGCUUUUAUUAUGUAUAUAUAUAAUUAUAUAAUCAAAACUAAUAUAAUCAAUCAUAUAAGAUUUUAAAGGCAUUCAUCUACAUAUAAAGGUAUACAUAUACAUGUACAGAAG